AUGGGUCUUUCGGAUGUGAACUUAGAAACUCAUUUCAAAGAAUUUGACCGCAAAUCAAUGCAGAGGAAUGUAGUUUCAAUGUUUGACGACUUAUUAAAAAUUAUUGAAAGCGAUGAAUACGAUUCACAUCUUCGGCAGUGCCUGGAAAAAGCAUCUCCUGGUUAUUUGAUUCAUAUUGCAAAGCGAAAAAAAGAUAUACUUAAAUCAGAUCACGGAAUUGUUAUUGCAGUAGAGACUAGUGCUGGCAAAUCCACUCUUGUUAAUAAAAUAUUGGGCAUAAGAGUUUUUAAAGGAAGAAAUAUGGAAUCUACGUCAACAAUUUGUAAAAUUCGAAACUCUGAUAAGGUGAUAAUAAAAACUGAAUUAGAUAAUGGGGAAAUUGAUGUCAAAGAUAUGAGUAACAUUGAUGUUAAAACAAAGGAAGGAGAAAAAAUUCUUCGAGAAACUUUGAAGAAUUUUACAGACAUGACCAUUGCGAAAGGCAGUGAGAAGUAUAAAAGCGUGGAUGUUGGACUUCCAGUAUCAUUUCUGAAGGGCAAUACAAUCCUAGUUGAUACACCAGGUAUUGGAGGCUCUGAAACUGUCAGUCACAAAAUGAAGGAAUACUUACCAAAUGCUGUUUCUUUCAUAUUUGUGAUCAAUGUUGCAAGUGCAGGUGGGAUGCAAAGAGACAGGCUUCCAGAAAUACUGAAAUCCAUUAUCGACUUGCAAAUGGAUGACGAAAUGCCUUGUUUUGAUCCGCGAAGUGUUAUUUUCGUGACAAACAAAUGGGAUUCUAUCAUAAGAGACCCGGAUGACAGCAGCGAAGAAGACGAGGUCAAAAAUACUUGGAAACAAGUAACAGACAGCAUUAAUGAAUGCUGGCCAUUAGUCAGGAAUGAAAAUAUUUUCAAAAUGAAUCUAACACAGGUAAAUAAAGAAGAAAAUUCCAAGCUAGAGUUUAAUAAAUUUCGAAAGGUUUUGGAAAUGGUAGUGAAGGAGAAUGAAAAUAUAAGAAUCAGAGAACACUUAAGGUACCUUUGUACACUGUUGGAUGAUGUAUGCACAGGAGUUCGCACAAGACAAGAAUUGAUAAAUAGAUCAAGAGAAGAACAAGAAAGGAAAGCUAAAGAGCAUCGAAUGAAAAUUUAUGAGUUAAAUAGCAAAUGCGAAAAGGUAUAA